AAACUGAAGGCACUUAUAAGGGCUGAAGAUGAUCCUAAAGUGUAUUUUACCUUCCUGGAACUGUUUACCUGCUGUGCCCGUUUUGGUCCUAUUUAAUUGUUACACUCUCCUAGCUAGUGCUGAUAAUACAAAUCAAGCAUAUUAUUCAGCCUUGGUAAACGUGACUGUAUGGAAUUCCGAGCGUUCUACACCGACUUUACUAAGACUUGACCGUGGACGCUAUGGGCAGGAUUCUCCCAAAGUAGCAGUCAAAGGUCUGCUUGUAGCACCUUUACCAAUCAAUGGAGUUGCAGAUCGUUUAGGCUGUGAUUCUCGAACACGGUUUCAAGUUCCUCCAAAUACCAAACAGUGGAUUGCCCUGCUGCAGCGAGGAAAUUGUACCUUUAAAGAAAAAAUACUGCGGGCAGCUUCACACAAUGCUUCAGCUGUGGUAAUUUACAACAAUGUAUCCAGUGAGGAGCCUGUAACUAUGACUCAUCAAGGAACUGGAGACAUUGUUGCUGUCAUGAUAACAGAAUCGAAGGUUAAAGAGAUCCUGAAUUACUUAGAAAAAAACAUGUCUGUCCUAAUUACAAUAGCAGUUGGAAACCGCCAUCAAGCUAAAAAUUUUAAUCGUAGCUCUCUUGUUUUUGUAUCAAUAUCAUUUAUAGUUUUGAUGAUAAUUUCUUCAGCGUGGUUAAUAUUUUAUUUCAUCCAAAAGAUCAGAUACACAAGUGCACGUGAUCGAAAUCAGCGUCGUCUUGGAGAUGCUGCCAAGAAAGCUGUUGGCAAACUGACAACAAGGACUAUAAAGAAGGGUGAUAAGGAAACAGACCCAGACUUCGAUCAUUGUGCUGUCUGCAUUGAAUGUUACAAGCAGAAUGACGUUGUCCGCAUUCUGCCUUGCAAGCAUGUUUUCCACAAAAACUGUGUGGAUCCAUGGCUCAGUGAACACUGUACCUGUCCUAUGUGUAAACUGAACAUUUUGAAAGCCCUGGGAAUUGUGACAAAUGUUCCUUGUGCCGAUAAUAUGGCCUUUGACAUGGAAAGGCUCACCAGAGGCCAGCUGGGCAACAGGAGAUCAGUACUUGGUGAACUGAGCAGUGACAGCACACUCAGUCUGGAGCCCCUGCGUACCUCUGGCAUAUCACAGUUUCCACAGGAUGGGGAAUUGACCCCAAGGACCGGAGAGAUCAACAUUGCUGUAACUAGUGGCCAUUUCUUCCACCGUAAUUCUCUGUCUCCUCGGAGCCUGGUGUAUGAGAAUGACUUCUCUUCCAUUGAGCCAGUCUUGGACAUGUAUGAUGAGAACAAGACCUGAAGGGGGAUCUGCAUUCUUCUUGCUUUGCUCUCUUUCCCUUUUCCUUUUCCGUUUCUCAUUCCUAUUAUUGUGUACUCCUUCCAUGGGUGUUCUUUGUCUGAAGAAGAGCGGCCUUUUCCAGAACAUGUGCCUGGCUGCCAGGCUGCAAAGGUGAAGCUCAGCUGAGGCAAUAUUGGAGGAUAAGCGGAUGAAGAGUGUGCACCACAAGUCGGCUGUUGGAGGUUGCCGAGUUAAAGUUGUCAUUAGCAGUGCCAACAUAAUGGUGUCAGUAUGCUAGAGGUUUUGCCCUACUCAGUUUUUAAUUUUGUACUACAGUUACCUCUCUUGAGUAGGCACAUGGUAUUUCUCUUUUUUACAAAAUUGCAGUGUUUUGCCAGCUUAGUUGCCUAUUGGAGGUAGUGGCGGGAUACUGCUGAAAACACUCCAGCUAUUCUUCAUUCUGUCCUUACAUUGAACAUCCCAGUUCCAAAGGGAUUUAUGAGAAAUGUGUUGACAUUCCAGCUUGCCAUUUAAUUGGCUGCUGGCAGAACAAGCUAAUAUUACA